AGGAGCAUGCGCAUUUGAGAGAAAAAUCUCUAAUUUGUUGACAUUCUCAAUAUCGUUCAAAAUGCCUGGUUACCAGAGGGAAACUUAAAUUUUUUAAAGAUUUUCACCUGAAAUUUUGAGAAUAUUCCUAAGGAUUCAUACUUUUUGUUCUUUUCUUUAAAGAAUAAAUAUUUUCAAUAAUUAUGCCCGAGAAUACUGCUGCUAAUGAUAAUGAUAAUGUAAGGGUUGUUGUACGAUGUCGUCCAUUAAGUCAGAAAGAACAAGCAAGUGGCUGCAAGGCUGUGGUGAAUGUUGAUGAAAGAACCGGCACACUAAGCAUAAAAAAUGAAGGUGGAAGACCAGGGGAACCCAAUAAAAAAGACUUUUCAUUUGAUAGAGUUUUUGCACCUGGGUGCAAGCAAGUAGAUGUAUAUAAUGAUGCUGCUAGACCUAUUGUUGAGAGUGUCCUUGAAGGAUAUAAUGGAACUAUAUUUGCAUAUGGUCAGACUGGUACAGGGAAGACAUUCACUAUGGAAGGUGUGCGUUCUGCCCCUGAGCUACGGGGAAUCACACCUAACUCAUUUGCACAUAUAUUUGGACACAUUUCCAAAAUGGCUGGUGAUGUCAGGUUUCUUGUACGAGUUUCAUAUUUAGAAAUCUAUAAUGAAAGUGUGCGUGAUUUACUUGGAAAAGAUCAAAAUGCACAACUGGAAGUAAAAGAAAGACCAGACAUUGGAGUCUACGUGAAAGAUCUAUCUGCUUAUGUCGUUAAUAAUGCAGAUGACAUGGACAAGACGAUGACUCUGGGAAAUAAAAAUCGUUCUGUUGGUGCAACAAACAUGAAUGAACAUUCUUCAAGAUCACAUGCAAUAUUUACAAUCACGAUUGAACGAAGCGAGAAAGGAAUUGAUGGGCAACAACAUGUUCGUAUGGGAAAGCUUCACAUGGUUGAUUUAGCUGGUUCUGAGCGUCAGUCAAAAACUGGAGCAACCGGACAGAGAUUAAAAGAAGCAACAAAAAUCAACUUAUCCUUAGCGACACUUGGCAAUGUUAUUUCUGCUCUAGUGGACGGCAAAAGCACUCAUAUUCCAUACAGAAACUCAAAACUUACUCGUCUUCUUCAAGAUUCCUUAGGAGGAAACUCAAAAACAGUAAUGAUUGCCAACAUUGGACCGGCCGGUUAUAAUUUUGAUGAAACUAUCAGCACAUUGAGAUAUGCCAAUCGCGCUAAGAAUAUUAAGAACAAAGCAACCAUCAAUGAGGAUCCCAAGGAUGCUUUACUUCGAGAAUUUCAGAAUGAAAUUGAGAAGCUAAAGAAACAAUUGGCUGAUGAUGGUGAAAGUGGUGAGUCAGACGAUGAUGAUAUUGAAGAAGAAGGUGAAGGGGAACCACGAAGGCGAAAACGUAAGGAGAAAAAAGGAAGAAGAUGUUUAUCUCCUGGUAAAGUUGCUGAAAUGAAAUUAAAAAUUGAAGCAGAAAAGAAGGCUUUGGUUCAAAAGAAAGAUAUGGAAGAAGAAGAAAAAAACAAAGCAGCUCAAGAGUUAGAAAAACGAGAGGAAGACCUCGAAGAAGCAGAGGAACAACACAAAAGACUUCAAGAAAAAUUAAAAGCGGUUGAGGGGAAAAUUAUUGUUGGCGGAGUUAACUUGCUCGAGAAAGCGCAAGAACAAGAACGACUACUUGAAGAAUCAGCUCAAGAAUUAGCAGAAAGAAGAGCAAGAGAGCAUGAAAUUCAAAAGAAAAUUAAGGAAAAAGAGCAAGAGAGGAUUGAUAUUGAAGAGAAAUAUGCUUCGUUACAAGAGGCAGCCGCUGGUAAAACGAAAAAAUUGAAGAAGGUUUGGAGCAUGUUUCAGAGUGCUAAUUCAGAGAUGUCUGAUCUGCAGCAAGAACACCAGCGUGAAAUUGAAGGCUUGUUAGAUAACAUACGGGAACUUAACAAAGAGUUUAGAAAGCAUAGCAUGAUAAUUGACAGUUUCAUUCCACAGGAAUUUCAGCAAAUGAUUGAAGAGAAUGCGACCUGGAAUGAGGACAUAGGAGAAUGGCAAUUGCGUUUUGUUGCUUACACUGGUAAUAAUAUGAGAAAAUCAAGUCCAAGCCCUGAAUCUAGGGAGAGAAAUAAAGAGCAUCCGGAAGUGGAUAUUUCCAAUGUCUAUCUGACAUAUUCACUGCCAGGAUAUGAUGGUGUGACUGGAGAACCACUUCGACCUAAAACUACUGCAAGACCAAAAUCGUCGAGGCCAAAAUCCUCAAGACCGAAGACGGCAAAAAAAAAAUCCAAAGCUAAAGAAAGCGUUGAAGAGGUCAGUUCAAGUUUUCAAAAACAAAGUAUUCAAGAACACUAUCCAGAGUCAAGGAAAAGCUGGAGUGCGAAGACACACUUUGCUUAGAAAUCUUGGAAACAUGCACCUGCACGUUUUGUAUGCUAUAUGCAUCCUCUGGUGAAAACAACUUUCAAUUUUCAAAUUUUUAUCUGUACAUACGAUAUCUAAUGUAUUUAUUUGUAAAUGUCCCGAUUAUAAGUUAUAAAGACAAAUAACCUAUUUGAACGUUUAAACUUAUUUGGCUUUGAUUUAAUUAACAUGCAGGAUCUGAAGACAAGCUGUG